AUGGGUCGAGGUAGAGGAAAGGGUAAGAAAUUGACUGAUGAUCCAGGAAGUGAUGAGGAAGAAAAGAUCCCUCCACAGAAGAGGAGAGGAAGGCCAACAAAAUCACUCAAAGAUGACAUUGAUGAAGAAGCAGUUGAGAUGAUUGAAGAGGAGGAUGAUUCUGAGCUUGGAAUUCAAAACUUGGAGAUCAAUGGGAACAAGAGGAGACGGAAUACUCGGGUGAAAGAAAAGCAUGAUUCAGUAAAAGAGGAAAAUGGUAAUGGAACAACUGAUGAAUCCAAUACUGCUUCCCGUCAUAGGCGGAAAAACAAGCCUCGCCGUGCUGCAGAAGCUGGUGUUAAGUGCAACUGA